UGCUCCGGGCGCACUUGGCGUACUGAGGUCAGAGGUGGCACGGACGCGGAAAGCAGCAGCAGAGGAAGCAGCAGCCAUGAAACCCAACGCUGUGGCCCGUGCUUGGCGACGAGUGUGCGACUGCUGUAUCGAGAGGCCGCUGGCCCGCCAGGCGCUUGCCGAGAUGGUGGGCACGCUCGUGCUCACCCUGGUCGGCGACUGUGUCCUCGCCUCGCUCGCGGUCUUCCAGCUGGGCUCCACAGGCCUCGCUGCGGGACCCCUGGGUUGGGGUCUCGCUGUCUUUCUCGGAGUACUGGUCGCGGGAGGUGUGUCCGGUGCCCACUUGAACCCGGCCGUCACGGUCGCCAUGGCUACCGUCGGCAAGCUUGCCUGGUGUAAGGUCCUCGCGUACGUCGCAGCGCAGUACGUGGGUGCUUUCUUGGCUUCCUGCCUCGUUUACGUCGUCUACGCCGAUGCUCUAAGUCAGAUUGACGCCAACCUCACGACUGUAUACGGCAUCAACGCCACAGCUCCGGUGUUCUCCUGCUUCCCUGCUCCCGGUGUGUCUACUCUUACGUGCCUUGUGGAUCAAAUCGUCAGCACGGCAGUGCUUCUGGUCGGUAUCUGUGCCAUCACGGAUACCCGCAACAUGGCUGUUUCUCGCGGCCAGCAGCCCCUCCUCGUCGGCCUUACCGUCUCCGCCUGCAUGUACGCCUUCUCGUACAACUGCGGAAACCCCCUCAACCCGGCUCGCGACCUUGCCCCAAGGAUCUUCACGGCCAUGGGCGGCUGGGGCUCUGCGGUGUUCUCCUUCCGUGCCUACAACUGGUUUUGGGUACCGGUGGUCGGCCCGCAUCUUGGUGCCGUCAUCGGCGUCUGGAUCUAUAAACUCGCCGUCGACAACCAUUGGCGCGCCGAUGAUGAAAUGGACGCAGCCGAAAGAAAACCGCUGCUGGGUAGUCCGAAACUGCUCGCAUAGGAGCGCCUGGCGCUGGCUUCCCGUCGUGUGCAUAGCGUAGUAUAACCUCUGUUGCGUUUUUAAUCUUUCCUUGUUGUACAUGUUAAUAAAUAUUCCUAUACUUUUUA